AUGCAUAAUUUAAACCCUUUUGACACAACGGAAGUUGAGCAAACAAGACAAGAGGACAAUGAGCGGCAACAAAAAGACGAUAACCCAUUUAUUGACAAUGUAGAAAAAGAAGUAAAUGAUCCAAAUCAAGUAGUAAUAAAUAAGUCUACACCGACUACACUUGGAAAACAUUCUAAUCAACAAAAAUCCAAAGUUGACGAUAUUGAUUUGUUGGAUGGUACAUCAUAUUUAUAUGGUGCUGGAUUAUUUCAUCAUGAAAGUCCAUAUGAUUGUAUUUUACCACAACAAAAUGUGAAUGAAAAAGUAGCUCCCGUUAACGCAUUUAGGAAGAGUGAAGAAAUAAAUGGUUCUUCGCAAAGGUUAUCGGAUAAUACUUUUAAUUAUCAAAGUUAUAAAAAUAAUAGAUACACAACCUAUGAUGUACAUUUGAAAUAUAGGGAUAGUUUUUUAGAAGGUUCAACAGCUUAUGUUUUACCUCAACUUCAGCAGGAAGAAAAAAAGGAGAAGAGACAGAGUUUUUUUAAAAGAAUUAGUUUAUUUGGUAAAAAGAGGAAUGAUCUAGAACAAAAUCAGGAGGCUUCUUCGAAUCCUCCAAAUAAAUUUACGAGAGUUGAUAUGUUGAAAAAAUUUGAAUAA